AUGUCGUCAUCUCCACUCGCUUAUAUGUCGAAUAUAAUUGGUAACAAGAGAAACGAAACUAAGAGGAUAAGGCGAUUGAAAAUGAACAAUGAACUAGUCUUGAGGAUUUUGAGUAUCCCGUACCUUUUUCCUUCAUUGUGCAAUUGUUUGACUUUCGUAUUCUCAUAUUUGUUACACGUUAAUUAUAUAGGAUCGACGAACGCUCUGGCUUGUACCGUACAUGGUACGGACGACGUGCUGACGGCUAUCCUGGAGAUCGCUCUGAACGACAACUGCGGUGUCGACUUAUGUUCCAUUCACUGUGGCGACCGGUUUUUCAAAUUCGCUUGCACCGCUGUCGCGUACGGUUAUUUCGGGGAUGUCUUGAAAGGCAGCGAAAUGCUGCGUUGCUUUGGACCUUCUCGUUAUUUGAUAUCUGGUUCGUUUUACGUUUUUAUUGCAGAUUUAUCGUAA